UAGUACAGACGAUUUUCGUCAGUUGUAGCAGAGUUUUCAAGCAAGGAGCAGUGAAUUUUCGUGUUGUGAAUAUUUCUUCAAAUAUCUCUAUUACAAUUUCAAGUGUUAAUUUAUAUAUUUUUAAAUAAAGUGAAUUUGUGUGCUGUGAAGAUUCCUUCAAAACACCAAUAUAUCACUUUUAUUUGCAGUAUUUUUCAGCAAUUCAAGUAAGAUAAAUUUCAAGCACAAUGGCCACAUUGAAAUGUCAUUGAAUUCAUUAAGGUAUUUAUUGUUUAAAAAAUCAUCGAUAAAAGCAUCUUUUAAACUCGAAGUAUUACCUCCGACUGAAGCAGCAAGUGCUCAAGAUGCAUUAAGAACACAUUUACAAAUUCAACAGUGGCUGGGUAAUACUAAAGAACCUAAGAAAUGGGGAUGGAAACCAACAACAACGGGCCUUCAACCAGUUUAUACAACCGAUGAUCUUGUUCCACAAAAUUUAUUACAGUAUAUUUCAUGCAGAUGCACAACGGGUUGCAACACAAUGAAUUGCAGUUGUAAGAAGUACGGCCUUCGAUAUUCAGAUAUUUGUCAUAACUGCCAUGGGCAGUCUUGCUCAAAUAUCGAACAAAUUUUAAUAGAGACGGAUAGUUUAGAAUAUAUGUUAAAUGACGAUGUAAAUGAAAACGGCGAUUGUAAUGAUGCGAAUGGCGAGAAUAACGACGAAAUAUGUUCAAAAAGACAACGACUAUGUUAGUUAUAUAAAUACGAUUUUGUAUAUAAUUAUUUUUUAUAUUAAAAUAAAUGUAAAUUUUUUAAUAAAA